AUGGUCACGACUGUCAACGACCUGCGGUCAGCUUACACGUGUUCGGUCCCCUCAUGUGUCGGCGUUCCAUCCCGUCAAUAUGUCAGGCAAGAUUUACGGACAGACGUGUCACUUGUUCGUAUCCCUGGAGUUUUUGCUACUACCAUGUCAACCGUUACCUCACCUAGCGCCGAUGGACACUCGAGACCACGCAGGGGUAGACGAUCCUUGGUUCCUCCAGAGCUGCGGGCGCAGACUCGCCGGCUGAAGAAGCAGAAUUUGGAACGCCGCCGCCGUGCUUGCAUCUCGGACAAAAUGAAUGCGCUGCAUGCUUUGGCACUGGACCUUAUUGGACUAAAAAACUCCGAUCGCGACUUCAACAAAUCGGCUCUUCGUGGCAAUCUCCGUCCGUAUCCACAAGCCUGUCCUUGGAUGAGACUACCCAAAGCAGCGCCACUACCACUGAGUCGAUGGGCAUACUAUCAGACGAUGAUAGUGCACCAUAUCUCAGAUCAACCAAGUCCAUUCGACGUAACAUUAUUCCAUUCGACCAGUCUCCCAGCGAAACACAUGGAGCCUACUUCAAAUUCCCUAUGGCACACCAAUUAA